AUGACCAAAGUUCUAAAAGAUGGCACCGCCUUGACUUUCGACGACAGCACCCAAUCAAUCCGCGUCCUCCCAAAGGCCUCAAUCAUAAUCGAAAAUGACCGCAUCGCAGCAAUCUCAGAAGACUCCGACUUCCCAAUCCCCCAAUAUGCAGAAAUAAUAAACGUCCACGGCAAAAUAGUGUUUUCCAGGUUUUACCAACACUCACAUCCACACAUGGCAGACAGCCAUAUGUCCCCCGCUACGGCGGCGUUUACACCGGAUGUUGUGUAUAUCAGUUCGUUGGAGGGGUAUAUUGAGGGACUGCAUGGAGGUGUUACGUCGUAUGUUGAGCAUGCGCAUAAUAAUUGGAAGGCGGACGUUGUUGAGCCGGGGUUCGAUGCGGCGGUGGAUAGCGGGGCGAGGGUGUGGUGGUGUUAUGAUGAAGGGUCACCGGUGCAGUUGGGUCUUUCGGUUGAUGGGUUGUCGGGUUUGUUUGGCAAUGAUCCAGAUGGUUAUUUGAAAUACAUGCGGGAGAUGAUUAGAAAGUUGAACAUCCGAGCCAUCGCUAUGCAUCAUCUGGGAGGUCCCUGGCCUGCCCGCAAAACCGCACCCUCGGACAUCGACCUCAGCGCCCUCCAAACCACCAACCUUCCUAUAAUCUACUCCCACGCCCCCUUCCUCACGGAAUCAGAUCAAAAAGGAACCCCCCCACCCCCCCGCGAGAACAACCAAUUCAUCUCAAUAACCCCCGAAUCAGAAUUCCACUUCGGCCACGGACAAACCACCGGCCAUCUAAUCAGCGACCAAGCAUCCCUAGGCCUCGACACAAACUGGACAUUCUCUGGGGACAUGCUCUCGCAAACCAGUCUCUGGUUGCAAAACGUUCGAUUAACUAAAUCCCAUCGCACCUUGGAAGCAGGGAAACUGCCAAGGACGAAUCCCUUCCCCGUGGAGGAGGCGGUCGGUGCUAAAGCUGAUUUGGUGGUGUUUAACGGCGACUCGCCGAAUAUGCUGGGAUGGAGUGAUCCCAUCGCGGCUGUGGUGUUGCAUGCGAAUCCAGGGGAUGUCGCGCAUGUGCUUGUUGAUGGAGAGUUCCGGAAACGGGACUUUAAGUUGGUGGAUAAGGUGCUCGCUUGGGGGAAGGUGCGAGAGAGGUUUUUGGAGGCUUCUAGACAUAUUCAAGAGCAGAUAAAGGAGCCGCCUCCUAUGCCGGAGAGGUUGUGGGGAGUGAGCGAGUUUGGAGAUGUGGAGAUGAUUGACAGCAUUGAGCUUAUUCAAUGA